UAGUGGCGAGGCAAGCCCGCCUUUAAGGUCAGGUUAGUCAAAUAAAUACCCGGACGGGCCGGACCCGUUGCUUUUACUUACCGACCUUUCUUCGAAGCCUGCCGCCUGCCGCCUGCCGCCUGCCUUUCCUAGCAUUUAAAACCUUUCAGGGGUAGAAAGGUAGGGGGAGCAUUUGGAUAUGAGUGUAAGGAAAUAUGAAGAAACCAGUGCCUCCUCUGUUUCUUCUCUUCAUUCUUUUCAUAACUCUACUAGUAGAUUCAAUAGUAGCAGAUCCAAGAUACCACAGAGUUGAGCUCAGGUGCAAAACUACAUUAGAACACAACACAACCAUCUUUGUCCCCAACUACAUCGCCACCAUGGAUAUCCUUGCCAACAAGAUUAGAACUUCUGGAUUUGGAGUAGCAAAUGUGGGCACAGGGCCUGAUGGCGUGUAUGGUCUUUCUCAGUGCUAUGGAGAUCUCUCCUCCCUUGAUUGCACUCUUUGCUAUUCCCAGGCUCGCAUUCUCAGUCCAAAAUGCUACCCUUACAAUGGGGGCAGCACCUACUUGGAUGGUUGCUUCUUGCGUUAUGAGAAUUAUAGCUUCUUCCAGGAGUUUACAGGUCCUGGAGACAAGUCUGUGUGUGGAAAUACAUCGCGAAAGGGACCCGAAUUCAAGAACUCAGCCAGCAAAGCUGUGUUGGAUGCAGCUGCAGCUGCACCAGAAAAGGGAGGCUACUCCAAGUCUGUGGUGCGUGUGACAGGGUCGAAGAAUGAGUCAGUGUAUGUGCUAGCAAAUUGCUGGAGAACACUUAAUAUAACCUCUUGCAGAGCUUGUUUGGACAAAGCAUCAGCCUCAAUGAUGGGUUGCUUGCCAUUGUCAGAAGGGCGGGCACUGUAUACAGGUUGCUUCAUGAGGUAUUCAGACACAAACUUCCUGAACGAAGAACAGAGUAGUGGACAAUCAACAGCGAGCAAAGUAGCGAUAGUGGCUGGCAUUCUGAGUUCUGUGGCUGCUUUAAUCAUUGGGGUGGCUAUUGGAGUUCACAUUCGGAAGCAGAGAAGGAUACAAAAGAAAAGACGAGGUACAAAUGAUGUGGUAAAAAUGGCAAAGAUGCUUCAUGACAGUAGCUUGAAUUUUAAGUACUCUACACUUGAAAAGGCCACCGGAUCAUUUGAUGAUAGCAACAAGCUCGGUCAAGGAGGAUUUGGAACAGUUUACAAGGGAGUUCUGCCUGAUGGAAGGGAGGUAGCUGUAAAGAGACUUUUCUUUAAUAACAGACAUAGAGCUGCAGAUUUCUACAAUGAAGUUAACAUGAUAAGUACCCUGGAACACAAGAAUUUGGUCAGGUUGUUGGGUUGCAGCUGUUCAGGACCAGAAAGCCUUCUUGUCUAUGAAAUUCUCCCAAAUACGAGCCUUGACCGCUUCCUCUUUGAUCCAAGCAGAGGUAAAGCACUGAACUGGGAAAGAAGAUAUGAAAUAAUCAAAGGGACAGCAGAAGGUUUGGUCUACCUUCAUGAGAACCCCAAUGUUAGAAUCAUCCACAGAGAUAUAAAAGCCAGCAACAUCCUAUUAGAUUCAAAGCUCCGAGCUAAAAUUGCUGAUUUUGGGUUGGCAAGGUCUUUCCAGGAAGAUAAAAGCCACAUCAGUACUGCCAUUGCAGGAACACUAGGGUAUAUGGCUCCAGAGUACCUAGCCCAUGGUCAGUUAACAGAAAAGGCAGAUGUCUAUAGCUUUGGGGUGCUUUUACUAGAGAUCGUUACUGGAAUGCAGAACAACAGAAACCAAACAUCUGAGUACUCUGAUAGUCUUGUGGCUGCUGCAUGGAAACAUUUCCAACUGGGGACAGUAGAGAAUCUUCUUGACCCAAAUUUGAUGUUGCACAGUUACAAUCACAACAAUAGCAUUGAGGAGAUUUUGUGGGUUGUGCAUGUGGGAUUUUUGUGCAUACAGGAGGAGCCUUCAUUGCGACCAUCAAUGUCAAAGGCCCUACAAAUGCUGUUGAAGAAGGAAGAACCACUCUCUGCACCCACCAAUCCACCUUUUAUGGAUGUGAGGACAAUGGAGUUCAGUGACACAUGCAAAGAACAAUAUCAUCUUCUCAGUACUUCUUCGAUUGCUACUGUCUCCCACAGCUCCUUUAAUCCCAGGUGAUCACAGAAAGAAAAUACAUAAAAUAAACCCAUGCCAGUGCUUAUACAAGCGAUGCAAGUGUCCGAACAGCUGGAUAUGUUGAUCAGGUGGAUGAACUAAACAAUGCUUAGCCAACUUCAUUUAUAGGAGUCGGACAGGAAAAUAUUGAUGAAGUGUAGAUGAACUAGAUAAAGCUUUUUUUUUAUUAUUGGCAAGGGUAGCCGGGCAGGGCCAAUCUGAGGAAAUUUCUAAGUGAUAACAUUUGGCAGUGUAAAAAUGUAAGUAAAUUUUGUUUUACACAAUUCAUUCUCAAUUAAUUCACAGCAAUUGGAAUAGAUGACCAAUAAA